AUGGACUCGGAAGAUGGAGAAUACUUCAUAAAACAACUGGCCGCCUUCGUGCGAACACACGAAAAAGCGCUUGCCAACGCGCUGCAGUUCCAGCGUCGCGAGGUCCGCCACCGGUCCUCCCAGAGCACAAGCUCCGUCACGAUCCCGUCGUCGCCCACGCUCCCCGAACGACCCUCAACAUCGUCCUCGACCAACUCGCUCGCGGCGGCCUUCUCCUUUGGAUCCUUGAACUUCACAUCGCACAGUGUCAAGUCGGCCAAGCUCGCUCUUACACCACACCACCUCUUCUUCCUCCUCUCGCGCUUCGAGGAGCUUGGCAUCAAUGUCGGGCCCAUGAAGGUCCGCCUCGAGAACCUCCACGACAGCAGCUCGUCUACCAAUUAUGUGUCUUUUCUCGGCAACACAGGGCGGUCUAGGAGCCGCAGUUCCGACGUGGGCUCAAUACAUUCUGUUUCCAGCAUGCGAAGCGUCAUGUCCGGCAUGUCUGCCUUGUGGGCGAGCUUUGGCAUCGGAGCCAGCAUUUCAGCCGCGAGAACGGAGCGCCAAAAGGCUGCCCUACAAGCCGAUCUCAAGUACCUCUACUCGGCCUUCACCAAGAUCCCAUGCCUCAGGUUGGCCCCUGACUGGCGUGCUCGCUUGAUUCGAGGGUACGAGGAGUUCCCCUUUGACUCGGCCGUUCCCAUAUAUGUCUUCAAGAACCUGCAGGCGCUGGAGAUAAGCAGUAUCGAUUUCCGCCAGUUCUUUGGCUGGGAUCGCCUAGCAGACCAGCUUCGCUCGCUCAGCCUGAAGCACGCCGGAAUCGAGGACCCCGCCGAUAUCUUGAUCGACAUUGUCCUGGACGACAUGGACAAGAGGCGUCGCAGGACGUCGAAAUCUCACCCCUCCCCCGCGGCAACCUGGGGCGUCAAUAACAGCCCUCGCCGCAGUCCUACGAUACCGCAUCCAGAGCUCAUGCGCGCCGCAUCGGCCCCCGGCUCGCCAGAUGUGCGAAGCGCUCUUGCUGAGCUGCGCGUCGGUUCCAUGACUCCGAGCGAGCCGGCCGUUGACGACGGCGAGGGCUCUGACCAUGUCAGGACCCCAGGAGCGCCUGACGAUGCCGUGGAAGCGUCUCGAUCGCUGGGCAAACCUUCCAGACCGCGCAGCAACUCCCCACCUGGGCCACACAGCUCACGUAACCAGUCCUCUCACGCCCGCUCGUCUCAGCGCAUCAAGCGCUCUGGUUCUGGCAGCUCACACUCCAGCCUAUCAGAUUCUUGGCACCACCACUCCAGGGGCAGCACCGGAAACCUCUUGGCCAUGGGUAUCUUGCCCGCGUCCAAGUGGCGGUUCCUGCGGCACCUUAGCCUCGCAGAUAAUGCCAUGACGUCGAUUCCUCCGACCAGCCUGGCUCCGCUUUCCAACACCCUUUACUCUCUCGAUCUGUCGUCGAAUCUGUUUAGCCAGAUUCCUGACAGCUUGGCCACGCUCACUGCGCUGCGAGCCCUGAACCUGUCUCACUGCAUGAUUGACUCCCUGCACUCCCUCACUCGGAACCCACUGCCCGCCAUCACUGCCCUGAACCUAAGAGCCAAUCGACUGCAGUCUCUGGCUGGCGUCGAGAAGCUAUACCCCUUGGAAAGACUGGAUCUAAGAGACAACCGUCUCUCAGACCCCCGGGAGUUCGCAAGGUUGACCGGGAUCCCAGACAUCCGAGAGAUCUGGGUUGAGGGCAAUCCCUUCACCCGUACCCACAAGGACUACCGGGUCGCCAUCUUCAACCUGUUCAGGGCCACGCCAGGCUAUACUACGGACAUUGUGAUUGACGGCUACGGUCCGAGCUACUCUGAGAGACGCCUCCUCAUUGAGCGAGCUCCUAUUCCGGACUCCAUCCCUGUGGUGAAGCCUCAGGCCCCUGACGCACCUGCGGUUGUGGACGUCAGCAAGCCGACAAUCGUGUAUGGGGCGGCAAAGGAGCCUGGCGUGCUUCGCAAGGAACGGCCGGUACCCAAGGCUGUGUCAAGUGAGAUCAACACGAGCUCAACUCGGCGUCGCAAGUCAUCCAAGAGGCGCAUCGUUGAGUUGCCGCCAAGCGAGCAACCAGCUCCACCCUUGGCGGUGGAGGGGCGCAGGGAGGCGCCAAGAAAGGUUGAAGCUACCAUCACCUCGAUCUCACCACCCGGAAACUACCGCACGUCGAAACCAUCCGAGUUCGCCUUGCUUCCUCCUGUCGUUCUCAAGGAUAGUCGCAGCGAGGACCUGGUUGGCGACACCAAACCUUCCGUCAGUCCCAUCGCUCACGAGCGAGAGGGUCACGACGAGGACCCAAGGGAAAGCCAGGACUGGGACGUCGGUGGCGAGAUCUACCGGCGCAGGAUCGAGGCACUGCGAGACCGAGUCGGCAGCGGCUACCUCAGUGUCCUCAGUGAAGAGUCAUGGGACGGAAACUCGACUUACUCUCCUCCCGGUGUCGGACCUGUGCCGCCUCUACGAGCAGGGCACAUCUCACAUCACGCGCCACCCACCGCCCAGGCAGUCCACAGCGGCAGAACACUGGGCUAA